GUUCCUGCUACAUACAUUCUUAAAUUCCAACAUUUUCUUUUAUAUAUAUUCACAACAUUCAACCACUGUCACACAAAACAUACUCUCUUUCUUCUUCUUCUUCUUCUUCUUCAUACUUCUCUUCUCACAUUCACAGAUACCUCGUACUUCGUUACUUCUCCUUUUGCUUUGUUCCUCCUCUUGUGCUUUGUCUCAAUCUUGUUUACCAUAGAAUGUAACUGCAACCACUUUUUCUUCUUGUUUGGUUUGCUUCAACUUGGUCUUUUUCCUUUUUGAGUUUCUUUGCAGAAAAAUGUAAUUUUGAUUUUAGAUUAAAGUACCCUUUUUCUUUUUAAUUAAUGUCCGAAUCCUUAAAAGUGUUUUGAACGAAUCCCAACAUGGUCUCAUUCAUGGAAUCUCGUUAAUCUAGUUGAAUCUUGUGAACAUUCUUCUCAGAGAUUUUAAACUAUACUAGCAAAAUGCAGGUUAUGGUUAUGGAUUUUCGUUAAUUUUACCAGGUUACCCUCCAUAUCUACACAUUCAAAAUUGAUACUUGAUUAGUUUCACUUUGAAAUUUGAGUGUGUGAAAGUGUAACAUGUAAUAUGUAAUUUGUUUCUGAGAGUAAAUUUGGUUUCUUUUGAUAGCAUAUGGAGGGUUUCUAUUGUAAUAUAGAGAAAAGGGUAGUUUUGAAUCUUGAGGAGAGUAUUUAAUUCUACUCUUCUUGUGAAGUGUUUGUUGACUAUCUUUGAGUUUCUCUUGGAUAUGUAAUUUAAGUGAUUUUUGUUCAAUCACUAACUAGUUUAUUUGUCAUCCAUUACAAUAUAUGCAAAAGUUCUUGAUAAAUUCUUUGAAAUGUAAAUUCUUUUUUCUGGAUUCAUUUAUUCAUUUUCUUCAUCUUGAGCCUGAUGUGUGUGCUCAACAAAUAACUACACCAUCUUCAAGUUUUCUGUUUAGCAUGAUAUUCAUGUCUCCCUGCUCUGAGUUCUAUUGAUAUUUACGCCUAGGCGGCUUUCAUCACUAUUUUACCUAUAGAGUUCUCUUGAAUUUGAGUCGGAAAUAAGCAUCCUCCAAUUGCAUAUUUUUCAUCUUUUAACCUUGUAAGAGCAAUAUUAAUUCCUUGGAAUUCAAAUACUGUCAUGGAAGAAACAUUUGUUCCUUUCCGUGGGAUUAAGAAUGACUUCAAAGCGAGAAUUGUGUGCUACAGACAAGAUUGGACCAGUGGAUUUUGCGCAGGUGCAAGGAUCCUUGCACCAACUACAUACAUAUUUUUUGCUUCAGCAAUUCCUGUUAUUUCUUUUGGAGAGCAACUGGAGAGAAAUACUGAUGGAACUCUCACUGCUGUUCAAACUCUUGCAUCAACUGCACUAUGUGGUAUUAUCCAUUCAAUUAUUGGAGGGCAGCCUCUCCUCAUACUAGGUGUAGCUGAGCCAACAGUUCUGAUGUACACAUUCAUGUACAACUUUGCAAAGGAUCGCGAGGAUUUAGGACACAAACUAUUCCUACCUUGGACCGGAUGGGUGUGUGUUUGGACUGCGCUGUUGCUCUUCUUGCUGGCCAUUCUCGGUGCGUGCUCUAUAAUCAACAGAUUCACACGCCUUACCGGUGAACUAUUUGGUCUGCUAAUUGCAAUGCUCUUUAUGCAGCAGGCUAUAAAGGGGCUUGUGGAGGAGUUUGGUGUACCGAAGACACAGACAGAAGGUACCAAUCAGAUUGCACUCCAAUCCUCUUGGCUCUUUGGCAAUGGAAUGUUUGCUUUAGUUUUGUCGUUCGGCCUUCUUUUUACCGGUCUAGGAAGCCGCAAGGCUAGAUCCUGGCGUUACGGGACAGGUUGGCUACGUGGAUUUAUAGCUGAUUAUGGAGUCCCCUUAAUGAUUCUUGUAUGGACUGCUGUGUCUUACAUACCAGUCAACGAAGUCCCAAGGGGAGUCCCAAGGCGACUUUUCAGUCCAAAUCCAUGGUCUCCUGGUGCAUACUCAAAUUGGACUGUUGUCAAGGAAAUGUUGAAUGUGCCCCUAUUGUAUAUUAUUGGAGCAUUUAUACCAGCGACAAUGAUUGCUGUGCUUUACUACUUUGAUCACAGUGUUGCGUCACAACUUGCCCAGCAAAAGGAGUUCAAUAUAAGAAAACCCUCAUCUUAUCAUUAUGACUUACUGCUCCUUGGCUUUUUGACCUUAUUGUGUGGGCUUAUUGGAAUCCCUCCUUCCAAUGGUGUGAUUCCGCAAUCUCCAAUGCAUACCAAGAGCUUAGCUACUCUGAAACAUCAGCUUUUGCGGCAUAAGCUUGUCUCUACUGCACGAACAAGCAUGGAGAAAAACAUGAACCUGAGUCAGUUAUACGAAAGUAUGAAAGAAGCAUAUGACGUAAUGCAGACACCAUUGGUUCCCCAAAUUCCACCCACCUUGGGGUUGAAAGAGUUGAAAGAGUCUACCGUCGCACUCGCUUCAAGUCAUGGAUACAUUGAUGCCCCUGUUGAUGAAGUCGUCUUCGACGUGAAUAAAGAUGUUGAUGACCUUUUGCCAGUUGAAGUUAAAGAGCAGCGUCUCAGCAAUCUACUUCAGGCAUUGAUGGUUGCUGUCUGUGUUGCUGCUAUGCCUGUUUUGAAGAAGAUACCAACCUCAGUGCUUUGGGGUUACUUUGCCUUCAUGGCAAUUGAAAGCUUGCCAGGAAAUCAGUUUUGGGAGAGAAUAUUGUACCUUUUCACUGCUCCAAGUCGAAGAUACAAACUGCUGGAGGAACACCAUGCAACCUUUGUUGAGACUGUGCCUUUGAAAGCAAUUGCCUUGUUUACUCUGUUCCAGACAGCUUACUUGCUUCUUUGCUUUGGCAUAACCUGGAUACCAAUCGCCGGGGUCCUCUUCCCAUUGUUAAUCAUGCUUCUUGUCCCCGUUCGACAAUAUUUUCUUCCCCAUUUUUUCAAAGGAGCCCAUCUUCAAGAGUUGGACGCAGCAGCAUACGAGGAAGCACCUGCCAUUGCUUUCAACAUAUCCUUUGAUCAGGAUCUAAGUAACCAUGGAACAACAAUGAAUAUCAAUGGUGGGGAAAUUCUUGAUGAAAUUAUUACGAGAAGUCGCGGAGAGAUACGUCACACUCAUAGCCCUAAAGCAUCAAGUUCAACUGCAACACCAAUAAGUGGUAUAAGAUCUGCAAAUAGCCUGCAAGGAACCAUUCCCAGUCCUCGAGUAGCUGCAUUGAGAGGGGAAAACAGCCUAGGAUCGAAUGGGAAGGAGUUAAAGUCAAAGCAAACACCUUGAAAAAUAUCUAAACGGUUCAAUUUCAAGCUAAAAUGUAUAUCUAGAGCAGAUUAUAGUAGUACUAAGUGAUAUUCUACAGGUUAUGUGUUUUUGACAAAAAAACCGCAUUUUCUUGAUGACAUAUUUCUUUGCGUCGAUUUAACUUUUUACCAAGAGAGUUUGUUGUCUGACUGUUAUAAUCCUUACAAUAUAAAGUGGGCAGGAAUAUUUUCAAGUUGA